AUGAUUUCCUUGUCGCCUGGACAGCAGUAGCACAAACAGCCUGCAGCAAGCCAGCAACGCACCACCGAGGCACACCGCGGUAGAGAGAAAUCUCUAGCUCAGCUCGCCCCGUAUGGCGGCCGCCGUGGCGCUGACCCCGUCCUCUCCUCCUCCCACCGCAUCCCUCCGCGGCUGCAAUGAUGGCUGCCUGCGCCUCUCGCCCCGCCGCCCCCGCCACGGCGCGGGCCGCUGCAGGGCCACGGCGCCGACCUUUCAGGGGGGCCCCGCCGCCAGCUACGCCCGCGAGAUGGAGCGCCUCUCCGCAAAGGAGUCGCUCCUCCUCGCUUUCAAAGAUGCUGGAGGAUUUCAAGCCUUGGUUAGCGGGAAGACCACAGAGAUGCAGAGGAUCGAUGUCAACGAGCGAGUCGUUGAACUUGAACGCCUGAACCCCACUCCGCGCCCCACAACAUCACCCUUUCUGGAGGGUAGAUGGAACUUUGAAUGGUUUGGUGACAGCAGUCCUGGAGCAUUUGCCGCCCGGCUUUUGUUUGAGAGGUCACCUACAACUGUUGCGCACUUUAUGGGACUUGAUGUGUUGAUCAAGGAUGGAUACUCCAAACUUUCAUCUAACCUCAAGUUCUUAAAUACGAUACAAAGCAAGUUUCUACUGACUACCCAAUUGUCCGUGGAGGGUCCCAUCAGGAUGAAAGAGGAAUACAUAGAGUUCCUUAUAGAGAUCCCCAAAAUCAGCGAAGAAACACUGCCUGAACAACUAAAGGGCUUGAUUGGACAAACUGCAGGAGCUCUACAACAACUUCCGAGCCCCAUAAAGGAUGCUGUUGCACAGGGGCUUAAAUUGCCACUUAGUGAAGCAUUCCAACGCUUAUUCAUGAUCUCUUACUUGGAUGAAGAAAUACUGAUCAUCAGAGAUGCUGCUGGAGCACCUGAUGUCUUAACCAGACUGGAGGGUCUACAACCAAAUCCAAUUGAUGGCACAGCAGACGCAGUGAUCUGAGAAUAGGAAAGCUAAUGCCUUACUACUAAUUGUAACUGUCGAUGGUUCCUUUCUCUUCUUUUUUUUUUGUCAUUUUUCUCAGCCUUGCAGAUACAUAAGCUGUAGUGCAUGUUAACAGCCACUUGUAUAUUUUUAUUUUCAUUCCUUUCGGC